AAUCAAGCCAUUUCAACUAAAAAAAAAAAAACAUGAGCUCACUGCAACAUGUGAAUCCCACAGUGAGAGGGAUCAGAGUUUCACCACAAAGUGUGCUGCAAAGUCUGGCAGUACGCAUCUCACAGGAGGUCACACAGGGGGUGCCAAAACCUUUUAAGCAGGUGAUUGAUGUCAGCUCAGGUGACCCCCACAAAUCCGGAUUGAAACCCAUGUCAUUUCUUCGACAGGUCUUGGCUGUGUGUGUGUACCCUGAGCUGCUGAACAAUGAAGGACUCUCUCUGGAUGUCAGGUUGAGGGCUCAGAGACUCCUGGAGGCCUGUGAUGGAGGAAGUGUGGGGUCCUAUGGUCAAUCAUCUGGUGUGCCUCACGUCAAACAAAGCAUUGUUGAGUUCAUCUCGAGACGAGACGCCGGUGUGUCUUCAAACACUGAACACAUCUUUAUUUCUCCUGGUUCUCAAGUGGCCUUGAGGAUCAUUGUGAUACUGUUGGCCAGAGGGGAGGAGGAGACUCAGUCAGCUGUGUUGACCCCCAUGCCCUGUCCUCACACCCUGCCCAUGUUGGUAGAGGAAGCCGGGGUGAAACUGGUGCCAUACCAUUUGAUAGAGGAGCAAGGCUGGGCUGUAGACCUGGAUGAGCUGCACCGAGCUUUAAAGGCCGCCAGGGGGCGCUAUGAACCCAGAGCCAUGUACAUCAGCAACCCAGGAAACCCCACAGGUCAUGUGCAGGACAGGAAAUCAAUAGAAGAAGUGAUUCAGUUUGCAGCAGCUGAGAGACUCUUACUGUUGGUUGAUGAGGUCUACCAGGACAGUGUGUAUGGACCGGACAAAGAGUUUAUUUCCUAUAAGAAGGUCCUGUCUGAGAUGAACAGCGAGUACUCAGAGACAGUGGAGCUGAUCUCCUUCCACUCUUUAUCCAGUACCUGCAUGGGAGAGUGUGGUCUGAGGGCAGGAUACAUGGAGAUGGUCAACAUGGACCCAGAGGUGAAACAUACUGUGUAUAAUAUGCGGAGUGCUCAUGCUCCAGUCACAGGACAGCUGGCUCUGGAGCUCAUGAUCAACCCACCGACACCCGGAGAGCCUUCAUAUGACAAAUACACACAGGAGAUUCUCCUCAUUCAGGCCACAUUGUCCCAGAAUGCUCGACGGGCUUGGCAGUUUCUAAAUGAUCUACCGUGGAUGAGCUGUCAGCCAGCGAUGGGGGGAAUCUACCUUUAUCCCCGUCUGCAUUUACCAUCUGAGCUUAUAGAGCAGGCCAAGAUGCUGGGAAUGGAGGCGGACGUUCUUUACUGCCAGAAAUUACUGGAAGAAGAAGGUGUUUGUUUGGGAGCGGGCUCUGAGAACGGACAGGACGAUCAACGCUACCAUGUCAGGUUGUGUGUUUUGGCUCCUCCUGCCACUGUGGAGGAGGUCUUAGCACGGCUUCGUACUUUCCACCUGCGCCUACUGGACAGAUUUCCCUGACAGAAAUGUCAAAGACAGAGAUUUUGGAGAAAACAUAAUCUUUAACCCUGAAUCUUUUAAAUGGUCACUGUUAAUAAAAUCAGCAACCUAGUUCAUGAUCCUACACAGACCAAAGUAAUUCACUUCCUUUAAAAGGAACUAAAUAAACCCUUGACAACCUAUUGUCAACCUCUCUUAGCUGCUGGAACACAGGAAUUUCCCCAUUGUGGGAUCAAUAAAGUACUUACCUAAUGUAGCCACACAAAAACAAAUUUAAAUUCUAUGUAAUAUUUGUGAAACUGAAGAUGGAAGCUUGUUAUGUGACUGUUGAAAAAGCAUCUACCCAGAAUUUAGAGGUAUAAGGUUCUAUCUUCUAUUCUAGUGGUUUCAACUAAA